AUGGAAGAGCAGCUCAAGGGGCUAGUCAAUCAGAGAGUGGCAGUUCAUGGCAAACUGGCCCGUGUUAACACUGCUUUGCAGUACAGUGCGGAUCAACCGAAUCCGAACAUUAGAAACAUUCAUUUUCUUCAGUUCCACAAAAAGACUGUAGAGAACUGUUAUAACGAGUGCAAUAGUAUUCAGAAUCAGAUUUAUGUACUACCACUCUCUGAAGACCGCCAAGAAGAAGAAACCGAGAGCUACAUCGAAUUCGAGUCGCUAUACAACGACGUUUCCGUUCAAUUGUGUAUGUUGAUCGAGGCGGUGACGAAAACAGAAACUGAUCUGAUUCUCCCGGUCGGACAUCCGAAUCCAGUUCCACCGUUUCCAAUCCAUCCGUAUCUCCCACCGCUACAAGUGCCCUUGCCGACAUUCGACGGCUCUUACGAAAAGUGGUAUUCGUUCAAGUCUUUGUUUACCACCGUGAUGAACCGCUACCAGCAGGAGGAACCAGCAUUGAAACUGUUCCAUCUGCGAAACAGUCUUGUCGGGCAAGCAGCUGGCAUCAUCGACGAAGAUUUGAUAAAUAAUAAUGAUUAUGAUGCCGCAUGGAUGUUGCUUACACAGCGGUACGAAGAUAAACGUGUCGUUGUUGACAAACACGUUGAAAAUCUAUUCAACCUGCCGAAGCUUAGCCAGGAGAACGCAGCGAACAUGAGGAAAUUGAUCGACAGCAGCACCAAGAACGUGGAGGGCUUGCGGCAUCAGAACUUACCGGUGGAUGGACUCGGAGAACAGAUGCUGGUGAAUCUUAUCGCAGCGAAGAUGGAUAAAAGGCUCCGGGUGGCCUGGGAAGCCCGUCAGAAGAAGAAUGUGCUAUCGACGUACGCUGCAACGAUAGACUUUCUGCAAGAGCAGUGUCGAAUUUACGAAAAGCUCGACGCGAGUAUGAAGCCGUUGACGGAGAGUGCUAAACCGAAAGCGAUGGCUAGGAGCCAUACGCUAGUGACAAGUGAUAUGAAGAAUGACAAGUUUGAAUACAAAUGUCCAGUGUGUAAGGCAAGCCAUGAACUUUGGAAGUGCGAGGCCUACAAAAACAAAAGUGGAGAGAGCAGUGCAUGUGCAUCGUCACGUUCUUGUCGGGAAUGUGGCAAGAAACAUCACACUACGCUCCACGUUGAAGACGCAUUUAAAAACGUGAACAGCUCCACUUCCUCAAAUACGACUGAUUAUUCCACGCCAGUCGUAAAACCAGCUGGAAACCUGAUGACCAGCACUACAGCAGGAACGUCAACAACCCUGUGUGCUGAGAAUUCCGAGAAGCAGACCCUACUUUCUACUGCCGUUGUUUUGGUCAACGGCUUGUGCAGCACUCCAUAUCCAUGUCGUGUGCUUCUGGAUUCCGCUUCGCAAAUGAAUUUUGUGACAGAACGAUUUGCGAACCUACUCUCACUGAAAAUGGUACCUGCUAACUUCACGGUUAGCGGUCUGAACGGCAAGAAAACUAGGAUUUGCCGUAUGCUGCGCACCACGAUUAGGUCUUGUCACGCUGACUUCACUACUGACCUAGAUCUACUGGUUACCCCACGAAUCACUGGUGAUCUGCCGGUGAAAUCAUUCGAUGUUUCGGAGUGGCCCAUCUCGAGCGAGCAGGUGCUGGCCGAUCCGACGUUCAACAAUCGAGGACGUGUCGAUAUGUUAAUCGGCGCUGAAUACUUCUGGAACCUGAUGGAGGAUGGCCAAAUCGAACUUGGUUCGAAUCUUCCAAUACUACGAAACACGAAGCUGGGAUGGAUUGCUGGAGGAAUAAUCGCGAGCGAUGCACCUGUCGUUGCGCGCACUUUCUGUCAAACAACUGACGACGACCCGAUCAUCGAUCUGCUGAAGAGCUUCUACAGGGUGGAGGCUUGUGAUGAAAUUCGCCCAUCCGCUACAGCGGAUGAAGUGAAGUGUGUCGAACAUUUCCGUCGCACACACCUACGAAAUGAGGAAGGGCGGUACAUUGUGCGUCACCCCUUUAACGAACGCAAGCACGAACUAGGAGAUUCACGUGAAAUGGCGCUGAAACGCUUUCUGCACCUGGAGCGGAAGCUAGACAAGCAACCAGAAUUAAAGGAGCAGUACUCGCUGUUCAUCCGAGAGUACGAACAACUCGGGCACAUGCGAGAGAUUCAGGAGACAACGGAGGAACCAGGAUCGGUGUACUAUUUGCCACACCACUGUGUGCUGAGACCCACCAGUACGACGACCAAAUUAAGAGUUGUAUUUGAUGGGUCGGCUAGAACGUCCUCGGGUGUAUCGAUCAACGAUAUACUGAUGACUGGACCAAGUGUUCAGAGUGAUCUCAUCGCGAUUUUGCUUCGUUUCCGAGGAUUCCAGUUCGUCUUUACGCUGGACAUUCCAAAAAUGUUUCGUCAAGUUGGCGUACAUUGGUUAGAUACAAGGUACCUACGCAUUUUUUGGAGGUACAACAAAGAUGACAUCCUGACCGUCCGAGAGCUGCAGACGGUUACGUAUGGCCUGGCAUCAUCACCGUUCCAAGCAACGAUGGCGCUCAAGCAAACUGCAGUUGAUCACAAGGAGGAAUUUCCGGAAGCCGCAAAUAUCGUCGAAAAAGGGACGUACAUGGACGACAUCCUAACAGGUGCCGAUACGCUAGCUGAAGCAUGCAAGCUCCAACGAGAAGUGACGGAUCUGCUGGCGAAGGGAUGCUUUGGCGCUCAUAAGUGGUGUGCCAACCACCCCGAUAUUGUGAAAGGUGUUUCUGAAGAGCUACGAGGAAACUCGUUCGUAGUAUCUGACGAAAAUUCGAAGUCGAUCGUGAAGACUCUUGGCAUGACCUGGGAUCCGGUCGACGAUUGGUUUUCUGUAUCGGUUCCGGAAUACGACGUUUUGGAUGAAGUGACUCGUCGCAAGCUUCUAAGCCAGCUGGCCAAGAUUUUCGAUCCGCUGGGCUUCUUCGGCCCCGUGAUUACAACUGCAAAGCUGAUUCUGCGAGAGGUUGGCGAAAUGCAGAUUGAUUGGGACGAGCCAGUCCCUUAUGAAGUGAGAUCCAAGUGGCUAAAUUUUCGCACAGAAAUAGCCGUCCUUAACAAGGUGCGAAUGCCAAGGUGGAUUUCCUGGAAUGGUGCGUUCAAGCUUGAGCUGCAUGGAUUUGCGGACGCCUCCGACGUGGCGUACGGAGCGUGCCUCUAUACACGAGCAGUUUUUCCAGACGGAUCCGCUCAGAUGAAACUGGUUUGCAGUAAAUCCCGCAUUCUACCGAUGAAGAGGGCGAAAACUAAGGCUGUCACGACUCCUCGUGCUGAACUGUUGGCGGCCUUGUUACUCGCCAAGCUGACUGUGAAGUUGCAGGACGCUACGGAAUUAGACUUCGCGUCGACGAAUCUGUGGAGUGAUUCAAAAAUAGUGUUAGCGUGGAUCAGCAAACCACCGAACGUCUUACAUACCUACGUUUCGAAUCGUGUAAGUGAAAUACAGAAACUUACCCCGAAUUGCAGCUGGAAAUAUAUUCCUACGGACGAGAAUCCGGCCGACCUUAUAUCCCGAGGAGAGCGGCCGAAAAAAUUACUCGAGUCUAAGAUGUGGUGGACUGGCCCACCCACAUUCAACGGUUCUGUUGUAGAGAUGACAGAUGUAGUAGCUAUUCCGGAUGAAGAGUUACCGGAAAUGCGUGCUGGCGUAGUACUGGCUGUGACUGCUCUCACCAAAAGAAUGCCAAUGUUUGACAAGAUUAGCGAUUUCACGAAGGUUGUGCGUAGCACAGCCUACCUGGUACGCUUUGCGAUGUUCAUCAUAUCCAGGAAGAAGGAGUUGUUAAAGGGCCCGCUCACUGCUGAAGAAAUAAAGCGGGCAACAAUAGUGAUUGUACGGUUGGUUCAACACGAAACGUUUCAACCAGAGAUUCUCGCCCUGAUGAGCGGCACGGACGCAAAGCAUCGACUCAACGGAUUGAAAGCGUUUUUGGACCCGGAAGACGGCGUGUUACGAGUCGGAGGUCGAAUCAAGCGAGCGUUCAUACCAUACGAUAGUCGACACCAGAUGUUGCUGCCAGCAAAGCACCCGAUCACGGAAGCACUCGUCCGACACCUACAUCUAGAGAACCUUCACAUCGGGCAGAAAGGUCUACUUGCCAUCGUACGACAACGAUUCUGGCCAUUGAACGUGAAAAAUACAAUUCGCAAGGUGAUUCGAAAUUGUAUGGUGUGCUUUAGAGCAAAUCCGUUGAAGACAACUCAGAUGAUGGGUGACUUGCCAUCAUAUCGUAUCCGACCUGCUCCAGCCUUUUCGGACACUGGUGUGGACUACGCUGGGCCUUUUUGGCUUAAGUCAUCGUCUACUGCUCGUAAGCCCUAUAUUACCAAGGCCUACGUGAGUCUCUUUGUGUGUAUGCAAACCCGUGCCAUACAUCUGGAAUUAGUCUCCGACUUGACGACGGCCGCGUUUCUUGCUGCUUUGAGACGAUUCCACAGCCGACGUGGGUAUCCGAAAACAAUGCGCUCUGACAAUGCAACAAACUUUGUCGGAGCCAAGACCGAGUUGCAUGAGCUGUGGCUACUGUUCCAGAACCAAUGUUCUACAGGAAAGAUCGUGAGGUACUGUACCAACAAGGGAAUCGAAUGGUCCUUUAUCCCACCGCGAAGUCCACACUUCGGUGGCAUUUGGGAAGCUGGCGUUAAACAAGUGAAACAUCAUCUCAAGCGUAUUGUCGGUGACCGGAAAUUGACUUUCGAGGAGCUGUAUACUACGCUGACUCAAAUCGAAGCUGUAUUAAACUCUCGACCCCUGGCGCCUAGCUCGGAUGACCCAAACGACUACACAGCUAUAACACCUGCUCACUUCUUGGUAGGCCGCGAGAUGCAAGCCAUUGCUGAACCGUCGUACUUGCAUUUGAAGGAGAACACUUUAUCAAGGUGGCAGCUCGUGCAGACCAUGCUGCAGCACUUCUGGAAACGAUGGACAGCGGAAUACCUGCCGGAACUCCAGACUCGAUCCAAGUGGCUGAAAACGAACGAAAUCAAAGAGGGUUCGCUAGUAUUGCUUGUGGACCAGAACGCACCGCCGCUGCAGUGGCCACUAGGAAGGAUUUCAGCCGUGCACCCCGGACAGGAUAGCGUGACACGUGUCGUUACGGUGAAAACAGCAAAUGGAGGAGAGUUCAAGCGUGCUGUGACGGAGGUCUGUUUGCUGCCAUUUGUCCAUGAGACUUGA